ACUCCAUUGCAAGUAAUAAUAUAUCAGGAAAGAUCCCUUCUUUGUUAUGCAAUGCUAGCAAGCUCGAGAUCAUCGACUUGUCUGACAAUGGCUUGACAGGUGCCUUCCCACAAUGCUUAACAAACUUCAGUACUGAUCUGUCGGUUUUGAACUUAAGAAUGAAUCACCUUGAGGGAACAAUUCCUCAAUCAUUUUCUUCAAGAAAUAGCUUGGUGACUCUUGACUUUAGUCAAAAUCAUUUUGAAGGCACUUUACCGCAGUCCCUAGUCGAAUGUAAAUAUCUAGAAGUUCUGGAUAUCAAUAGCAAUCAGAUAGAGGAUACAUUCCCAAGAUGGUUAGGAACACUUCCAGAGUUAAAAGUUCUCAUUUUAAGGUCCAACAAUUUUAAGGGUCUUUUGGAUAUUCCAGAGGCAGCUGACCUCUUUCCCAAGUUACACAUUUUGGAUCUCUCCAAAAACAAUUUUGGGGGUCCUUUGUGAGCCAACUUGAUACUGAACCUGAAAGGCAUGAUGAAUGACAAAAAUGGGCAAGAAAAAUCACUAUAUAUGACAUGGUCUAUCCAAGGGAGAUCAUAUGAAAAUUCUGUGACCGUGACGAUGAAAGGGCUGGAGAUUAAGUUAGUGAAGAUCUUGACCAUCUUCACAACCAUCGACUUGUCGCACAAUUCUUUCCAAGGAAAUAUUCCUACAGCCUUUGGACAUCUCCACUCUCUUAAAGGGCUCAACCUUUCACACAACCAUCUUACAGGUUCCAUCCCUCCAACUCUGGGGAGCUUGACUGAUCUUGAAUGGCUUGAUCUUUCUUCAAACAAGCUUAGUGGGGGAAUUCCUAGAAUAUUGGGAGAUUUGGCAUCCCUUGGAUACUUGGACCUCUCGAAGAAUUACCUCACUGGUCAAAUUCCACAAAACAAGCACUUGAGCACAUUUUCAAGCGACUGGUUUAGUGAUAAUCCAGGCUUAUGUGGAACUCCAUUGCAAAAAGCAUGCCCCGGUGAUGCUCAACGUCCUCCACCAUCGUCCUUGUCUUUCAUUUGCAUAGGGCAUCAUAGUUGGUUCGAACAAAAGAUAAUGUGGAUGGGUUAUGCAUCUAGAAUCAUAAUUGGGAUUUUCAUAGCAUUCAUCGCAUUUGAAACGGAAAAGCCCAAAUGACUUGUGCGAGGUAUGAGAAUGCUAG